AACGCACUCGCCUCGUUAUGUCCCGGCCGUACGCUUCUUAACCCCAGAUCCCUCCUUUCAAAUAACACCCGCCUGCUACUUUCUCCCCCACGUCUCUCACGAAAUAUGCACAAUCUCACCGUCGCCGACCUCAACCCCGCUGUACUCAACGUCCAGUAUGCCGUUCGUGGCGAGCUCGCCAUCAAGGCUGAAGACCUCCGCAACAAGCUCGAGGCUGGGCACGACCUGCCCUUCAAGCGAGUCAUCAACUCAAACAUUGGCAAUCCUCAGCAGAAGGGCCUUGACCAGCCCCCGCUUACCUUCACUCGCCAGGUCGCGGCGUUGAUGGAAUACCCUCCACUAAUCGACCUGGUGAAGGACAAGUGGCCCAGCGACGUCGUCGAUCGUGCGCGCGAGCUGCAAGAGGCGAUCGGCUCCAUCGGAGCGUACUCUCACAGCAAGGGUGUCCCCUACAUCCGCAAAAGCGUGGCCAAGUUCAUCGAGGAACGCGAUGGUUACCCAUCUGACCCUGAGGACAUCUUCCUCACUGCCGGCGCGUCCGCCGGUGUCUCGCUCCUUCUCAAUGUCCUCAUAACACCGCACCAAACCGGCAUUCUGAUACCCAUUCCUCAAUACCCCCUCUACACCGCUACCUUGGCUCAAUUCAGCGGUACUCCUCUGCCGUACCAUCUUUCAGAGCCCGAUGGGUGGUCCACGAGUUUGCACGAAGUCGAAGCUGCGAUCGAAGAAGGCACGAAGAAGGGCGUGAAGCCCCGUGCGCUGGUCAUCAUCAACCCCGGCAACCCCACCGGCUCGCUGCUCGACCUCGAGACGAUGGAGUCUGUCGUGCGUCUGUGCGAGAAGCACUCGCUAGUGCUGCUCGCGGACGAGGUGUACCAGUUCAACCUGCAUAGCCCGGAGACCCAUCCGUUCCACUCGUUUAAAUACGUCGUCCGCAAGCUCAACUCGCCCAUCCAGCUCGUAUCCUACCACAGCAUCUCCAAGGGUGUCAAGGGCGAGUGUGGCCGUCGCGGCGGCUAUUUCGAGUGCACAAACUUCGACGAGGACGUCAAGGCGGUCCUCUACAAAAUGGUCUCUGUCGGCCUCUGCCCGCCGCUUUCAGGUCAGAUAGGCGUCGACAGCAUGGUGCGCCCGCCGAAGUCCGGCCAGCCGUCGUACCCGCUCUACAAGCAGGAGACGGACGCGAUCCACAGCGCACUCGCCCAACGCACCAAGCUCAUGGCUGAGCGCCUCAACUCGCUGCCCGGCGUCUCGUGCGUCCAGUCCCCCGGCGCGCUUUAUCUCUACCCCAAGCUCGAGCUUCCUCAAAGCGUGGUUGACGCUGCGAACAAGAUUGGCAAGACGCCCGAUACGUUGUAUGCGCUCGAGCUUCUCGACGAGACGGGCAUCUGUGUCGUCCCCGGCUCCGGCUUCGGUCAGAAGGAAGGCGAGUCGCACUAUCGUCUCACUUGCCUCUGCCCUGGUGUGGAGGAGUACGUUACCGCCCUUGAAGAGUUCCACAAGAAGUUCAUUGCCAAGUACGGUGGCUUGUAAUCUGGGCUUCGUAUAGACACUGGGAGUAAUGGGAGUCGAGACAGCUGCAAAAAAGGUUCCAUUGGUAAUACGUAAUGUUGCAGAUUCUUGGUCAUCUUACGCGUAGCGUCGCAAAGUAGUGGGAAAUACGCACUAGUACAAUAAUAUUUGCAGUUUAG